GUAAUCCCUAACCUUUCUAAGCUUCUUCACUUCCUUCCCCCCACCACACUUCUUUGAAUCACCUUUGUUUUCUCUUUCCUUCCAUUUUCAAACUUUAUUUUUGUUGUCCCUCGAAAACCCCAUCACUAAAAUCACAGAAUUUCCCCUCUCUUUUUGCUCGAUUGAUGGCCAAUCUUCACAGAUUUUGCGUUCUUUAAUUUGAACUCCAGAUUCUGGCAAAAUAUGAAGAAAAACCCUUGAUUUUGAUUGUCUGAAUUGUUAAAUCAAACAACCUAAACUUCAGUUGAAUCUAAUUUGCGGAAGUUGUUGUUGUUGUUGACGAUGAAGGGUGAUAAAAUGAUAAAGAGCUCAUCGUUUGGAAGUAGAAUGAGGAAGUCGUUAUCUGAUAUUACCAAUUUGAAGUCUCAACACAAAUCCCCUUUCAAGAAUCAGGAGAAUAUUCAACCUGCUGCGGCUGAUUCGUCCACCAAAAAUUGCAUGGAAAAACUUCUUCAGGAAAAUGCUGUGAUGAUUAAACUUAUAGAAGAGAAAAAUAAAAUUAUCGAAUCAAAUGGAAUUGAGCUGCAGAAGCUGAGAGUUAAUCUUCAGAGAACACAGAUGCAGAAUUGGGAACUUGCUAAAAGCAAUUCCCAGAUGUUUGCGGAGCUUAACAUGGCUAAAGAUAAGAUGAAAACCCUACGACAUGAGCUUCUCAACAAGGAUGCCUUGUCUAAAGCAAUGGCUCUUGAGCUAAAGAAACACCAAGUAGCUGAUGGUUUCCUUACUAGUCAUCUAGAGAAAAAAGCAAAGAUGCAUUGUGAAACAAAUGUGUUGCAGGAAGGAGAGACUGAACUUGAAGAAGCUUCUGUGGAUCCACCACUGAAGGACAAUGACAACAACAACAAGAGCAAAGUAUCCAAAACAAAAAGAGGACGCCCCGCAAGAAGUCAAUCCAUGGGACCACCUACAAUGUCUCAGCAAGCUGAUGAUAAGGAGAUGGUAGAAAACAAAAGGCAGUGUUUGAGAAGGCAAUCAGCAAGGUUGAAGCCCCUGGAGAAACAAGAAGACGACUUUUUUGAUAUUGAAGUGGCAAACAAUGUUGUUAACCAGACCACGCAUUUCUCAUUAAAGUCCGAUAAAUCAGAUGCUGAAGAGUGUCUUCUAUCAGAGUUAUCAACAAGCGAAAUAGCUGAAGUGGCAAACAAUGUUGUAAACCAGACCACCACGCAUUUCUCACCACUAAAACCAAAGUCCGAAAGUUCAGAUGCUGAAGAAUGUCUCUCAACAAGGGAAAUAGCACGAAGAUCUUCAAUAGGAAGGCCGCAACGCAGGGCUACAGAAAAAGUUCAGUCAUACAAGGAACCUCCAUGUAAUACAAAGAUUAGGAGACCAGCUUAGCUUAGUAAUCCUGCAUUUGGACCAUCAUUCUGAUGUCCCUGCCCUAUUAUUGUAGAUUAUGGCUUCUUGUAGAUUGUGAUAUAUCCUUUCUGUACUCUUUUGGCAAGUACUGUACUGAACAAGUUAGGAUACUUUUGUCAAAUCUUCUUUUGUUAGAUCUUGUAAAAUACUGUAUUGAGCUUUCGACUUGAUAAUGCAGGAUUUAUGCAAUAUCAGACUUACUGAA